AUGCCCGACGGCGACUGCGCGAAGCUUCUGAACCUCAACGGACGGCUGGUGAAGAACGCGCACCAGGCAAAUUGCAUUUCUUUCGAUGGCCUGAAAAUCGAUUCGGUUGUGGGCCUGCGUGACAGUCUCCUCGUCUUUCACCCUCAUGGCUUUCUGGGCAAGAGUUUCGCCGCUGAGUUCCGCGAAUCUGACAUGAAUAACAACUCGCGUCAGCUCAUCCUGUCUGUGUUGUCUCUCGGGUCUGGUAAUCCGGACCAAUUCCUCAAGAAGAAUCUUUGA